AUGGAGACCCUGUCCCAGGACUCUCUGCUGGAGUGCCAGAUUUGCUUCAACUACUACAGCCCGCGCCGGCGGCCCAAGUUGCUGGACUGCAAGCACACAUGCUGCUCGGUGUGCCUGCAGCAGAUGAGGACCAGCCAGAAGGACCUGCGUUGCCCCUGGUGCCGUGGGAUCACCAAGCUGCCGCCGGGGUACUCUGUGUCCCAGCUGCCCGAUGACCCCGAGGUGAUCGCUGUCAUUGCAAUCCCCCACACCUCUGAGCACACCCCCGUCUUCAUCAAACUCCCCAGCAAUGGGUGCUACAUGCUGCCGUUGCCCCUCUCCAAGGAGAGGGUGCUUUUUUGCCGCCUCCUGCCUGGCAGCCAGCAGAAGUCCCUGGCGGUGGUGACGAUCCCGGCAGAGCAGCAGCCUCUGCAGGGCGGCCUUCCCACCGAGGGGGGAACAGAGGAGCCGGACCGGAGAGGCGUUGUGAAAAGCUCCACCUGGUCAGGGGUUUGCACUGUGAUCCUGGUGGCCUGCGUCCUAGUCUUUCUCCUGGGCAUCGUUCUCCACAACAUGUCGUGCAUUUCCAAGCGCUUCACAGUGAUCUCCUGCGGCUGAGGCGGGGAGGGGUGUGUGUUCCCUGGGGGUUGGGUCGGCAGCAGCGGUGGUGGUGGUGGUGGUGGUGGUGUGGAGUGAGACAAUUCAGCGCAGCUUUGCCCAAUGACUG